CCGCCUGAUCCUCCCCCCUCCUCUCCUCCAUGUGAGUAAAUGAAGCGCUCCCUCCUCACUGUGUGUGUUGUUGUUGUUUUUCUGCAGCGGUGUUUCUCGGCCUGUCAAACCGUGUGUGUGACUUCUCCUGCUGGGACGACGACGGCUCUGGAUCAACAGGGAUGCACAUGACUAAGAAGACGAGAAGCACGAUGAAACCGCCGUCACAGACUCAAUCCUCUGCUGUCAGCAGUUUAAUAUUUGAAGGCGUUUACAACAACGCGCGGAUGCUUCAUUUCCUCACAGCAGUCGUGGGCUCCACCUGUGACGUGAGAGUGAAAAACGGCGCCGUGUACGAAGGAAUCUUCAAGACUCUGAGCUCACAGUGUGAGCUGGCUGUGGAUGCUGUUCAUAAACGCAGUGAUGGAGAUGAAGGUGGGGGAGGCGAGGAAGGAGGAGGAGGAGGAGGAGGAGGAAGCAGCCAGUCCUCUUCACCCAAGAUUGAAGACAUCACAGACACGAUGAUCUUCAGUCCCGCCGACCUCGUCACUAUGACCUGCCGCGAUGUCGACCUGAGCUUUGCUGUCAGAGAUACGUUCACUGACACGGCCAUCAGCUCAUCGCGGGUGAACGGUGAGCACAGAGAGAAAGUCCUGCAGCGGUGGGACGGAGACGGGAACGGAGAAAACUUUGAGCUGGAGACGGAUGCGUCCAACGGCUGGGACGCCAACGAUAUGUUCAAGUUUAACGAGGAGGCGUACGGAGUCAAGUCCACAUAUGACUCCAGUCUCUCCAUGUACACCAUGCCUUUGGAGAAGGGGACCUCGGAUGUGUACCGGCAGCGGGAGGCGCGAGCGGCUCGGUUAGCUAACGAGAUCGAGGGCAGCGUGCAGUACCGACGUAGAGUCUCCUUAGAGAACGACGAGGGCCGGAGCGAAGAGGACAGAUACAGCUCAGUGGUCCGAGAGAAGGAGGACAGGAGCAGCCCCGGAUUCUCCUCCGGCAGGGAAGGAAAAUACAUUCCUCUCCCUCAGAGAGCUCGAGAGAUCGGCCUGUCCUCCGGCCGAGGCGCUGCGUCCUCCGGCCGAGGCGCCGGUCCGUCUUCCUCCUCCAGACACCCGCCGCCCAGCUCGUCCUCCCCGAAGCCGGCCUCUGAUAGGAGCAGCCCGCUGUCCGUCAGAACCGCCUACUCUCCUCACCAAUCGCAGGCGAGCCCGCCGGCGGCCGGCAGCCCUCCCUGCUCCAAUCACGCUCUGACGCACUCGAUGUCGCAUCCGCAGGCGCUCGCCGACACGAGCCGCUCGUCCGUCAACGGAGUUGUAUCUAGAACUUCCCCAAAAUCCCAGAGACUCCAGAGCAGCCGAACCCUGCGGACGCCAAACUCUCAGUCUACACCUGCAGUGUCUCGUGCUCCGAAACCAGACGCCCCUCCUCCGCAGGACGUCCCCCUGGCUGGCCCUGCCUACCUGGACUCUUCCUCCUCUUCAUCCACCGUCACCGCGGCAACCACCACCAAACCUUCCGGCCCCACCCCGCUCUUCAAUGUCGAUGUGAACGAGAUCCUGAGCUCAGCAGCUAAAGAGAGAACAGAGAGUGUGUCCAGUCAGGAAGGAAAGAAAGCUCCGACUCUCCAGCAGAGAUCUCAGCUGGAGGAGCUCCGCAAGUUCGGCAAAGAGUUCAGGCUGCAGCCGAGCUCGUCUCCUUCAGCGAGCCCGUCCUCUGCAGAUCCUCCUCCACCUGCCGACUCUUCCUCUUCCUCUGCUGCACCACCCAAACCCGUCGCCUCCCUCCUCGCCUCCUCUGCUCAGGAUCUGCAGCAGCCCACCGACCCCGCCCCCUCCCCCACCUCCACCCCCCCCGCCCCGGGUGCAGCUCCAGCCGGUCCUCAGUCCACAGAGGGAACCCAGCCGGCUCCUCCCAGCAGCGGCGGUGAGGAAGCGUGUGCAGAGAGCGGCGAGUCUGUGGCUGUAGCUGCAACGCAGGUGAAGAACUCCACGUUGAAUCCAAACGCAAAAGAGUUUCUUCCCAUAAAAGGAAACGUGACGCUGCUGAAGCCGGCGCCGACCCCCACCCCCCCUCGCCACCAGCCCAGCCCCUCCCCGCUCAUCCUGACCCCCCAGGGACAGCCGGGGGGAGGCGGAGCCAUCUACAGCAGCCCACCUGGACACUACCUGUCCUACAUGUCCCCCAUCUCCAUCCAGGGACACUCCAUCCAGGCUCCUCAGCUGUAUCAGUACACCAUGCCGGCUGUCAACCAGGGGAAGUUCCCCAGAGGCAAAGGUCCGGUGGUUGGACCCCGUCAGGAUCACCACGCCUCCCCCGCCAACCCCAUGAUCUCAGCCGCCGCCUCGGCAGCCGGACCCCCGCUGGUGGCUUCACCUUACCCCCAGUCCUACCUGAGUAACGGACAGGUGAUCCAGGCCAUGCCCCCCCACUACCACGGACAGCCGAUGUAUCAGAUGCUGCAGGGGGGAGCGAGGAUGCUGACGUCGGGGGCCCCUCCUCAGCCCAUGGGUCCCCUCCUUCAGCAGUCAGACACCGUCACGAUGUCGGAGCAGGACAAUAAAAACGGGGAGUUGGCAGCUGAAAAGCUCACAGUCAGGCGGUCGGAGGUCAGCCACUCGCCGCCAGGCUGA